CGCUGGGUGAGCGAUGGGGGGCGGCCGAAAGCGGGGCUGAGUUGCCGACGGUUCUGGCAGCGUUGGGGGCGACCUCAGUAUUUGGGUACACGUUUUAUAGCCCAUGCGCUGGCCCACCCGCCCCCGCCAAGUUACAUCCCUGCUGUUUUGGGGUAUGGCGGGUAUGGCAGCAUCAUGUGACUCUUGCUGCCUGACUGACCUAUUCCACGUCGUCUUUCUCACGUUUCUUUUUUAUCCAUUCUUACGUACUGACGGGAUAUCACUGCAGGGUUGGCAGGAGAAGCUGUCGGAGCUCAAAGUCGCAAACUUUCCCUGGGAUCCCCAGCCAGAACCUCCCAGGCAGCCGCCAACCGUGCCGUCCAAUGUCAAGCCCGACAUCGACGUUGCCGCUCCUGUAACACAGCAGGAACACGUCAACUUUCCCAAUGUGCAGGGUGUUCGCAUCAAGACGGAGUCCGGCUACGACCAGCCAUCCAUGCCGGCGUAUGCUCCACCUCCAGUGAACGGCUACUCCAACAACUUCAAUGGAGACAUCGCCCAGCAACGAGCGCAUGCCCUCAUUGCGCAACGCAUGGUGCAAGGCAGCGGGCACAUACAGAUGCCUCAAGCUCAACAUGCCCCGGCACAGAUGCACAACCAGCAACGCAUGAUGCCCACGCAAGGGCAGCGACCUCCUCAACCGCAACAGGCGCACCAGCCGCAGCAAUCGCAACCACCCCAGCAACAACACGCGCCCCAGCACCAGCAACAACCACACCAGCGCCCACAGCCCGCUCACGUCUAUGCUUCCCAAACCGAUGGCUCGGAUGGCUCCCUUGAGGACUGGAAAGCUUUCAUGCAAGCCAAAUCGGCCCUUGACAGUAAUGAUCCGGAUGCUCGUCUUGCUGCAGAGAACCUUAUGAGGACGCAUCUUGAGGCGAUGGCCGCCCAGACGGACAGUGGACUCGGCAUGCCCCUGUCCAGCGUUCCGAAGGGAAAGAAGGCAAAAGCCAUUACCCGCGUGCGCCAAGCAAAGCAGGCAGAAGCUUCAUCGAGGACCUCUGCUGUCCCUCCUGUAGCUCGCUUUGAUGGAGACGACGAGGAGAAUGACGAAGAUGCUAUCAACUCGGAAUUGGAUGACCCUGAGGAUGACCUUGACAAUGCUAACGACGCCGACGACGAGAUGAUCGACAUCAUGCUCUGCACAUAUGACAAGGUGCAGCGGGUCAAGAACAAGUGGAAGUGCACUCUCAAGGACGGCAUCCUUGGCACCAACAAAAAAGAAUACCUGUUCCACAAGGCUACUGGCGAAUUCGAGUGGUAAAACACUCGGAAGGCAACCAAACAGUCUUCAUCGUCCACCGAAAAGGCCUUCGUCUCAUUUUGUGCUCCCCUGUGUCGACCCCUUCCAUUCGGUCAGCAGUCA